AUGGCUGACUAUCUUUUCGUAGUCACUCGAUAUGUUGAUGGAGCUAACUGCUCAGGAGUUAGCUAUUUUGGUAUCUUCUCCGAUGAAGACGAACCAAUGGAUGUAUCUGCUGAUCAUGCUAAUACAGAUGAGCAAGUUGCUGCUCUUCUGAUAGAGCUUGGAAAUCUCUCUGUAGAAGAAAUAAGUUUACUGGCUCAACCCCUUGUCGAGCAAGAUAAGGAACCCAUUAAAGAGAAUCUGUCCUUAGAAGAAGAAGAAGAGAUUAUUCAAGAGCCAGUCCAAGCUCUUAUAACUCAAGAGGAAGAAAUUGUUGAGGAGAUCGUUCAAACUCCUAAUGAAAAAGAGGUAGUGAAAUCCCCUGAUGUCAGAACAGAGGGAUCUCAAGAAAAGGAGGCUAAAGUUUGUCUGCCUGAGAUUAUCAGAUCUGAGGGGGAACCCUUAAAAGACAAAGAUGACGAAGAAAGUUCCUCAUCUGAGGGAGAACAGGACCAAAAUGCUAGAACUGUGAAGUCUCUACCAUUUCCUGAUAUUAAUGCUGGUAACCUCUAUGAAAAUAUUCUCAAUCCUCUUCACAACAAGAGUAAUCUGUAUGAAAGAUUUCAGAGAGCAGAAGAGGAGCUGGAAGAAAAAGAGCGGAAUAAAACUGGAAAUGAGUCUGAGAAGGAUGAACCCGAGCAAUCCCUGCAGACUCACACUCAAUUUGAUCCUAUUCAGACUUCUGAAGUCGAUGAAAUCCCUACUUACCUCUCUUCAGAAGAAUGUGGUAACUAUGGGAUCAAAUAUGGUAAAGAUUUUAAAGACCCAGAAGAGGACAGAAAAGAAUUUGCUGAAUAUGUCAAAAUCCUUAAAGAGUUGGAUAAUAUAUUAAAGAAGAAUAGUCGUCAAUUUGAAAUGAUGAGUCUUGAAAGACAAAUCAAUCUUGAUAAUCAUCGUGAGAUCAUUGAAUCAAUGGAAUUAUUUAAGAGUCAGAUGAUUGAAAUUCAAGGUAGCUUGAGAGGAUCUGAUGAUGAAAGGUUGGAGUAUGCCGACUCCAUUGCAAGGAAAUUUCGAGAGAAAGAAAAUGCGAAAGCUGUUGCUGAAAAAGAACAGACUCGUAUCACUCAAGGUGAGCCUAGCAGAAGAGGCGACGGUAUAUCAACCAACACAAGAUCUAAGCGUGCGCCAACCAAUGAUGAAAAUCUAAGGCCAACCAAAAGAGGAGGAGGUAGAAGCGGUGGUGAUCUCAGAGGCCUAAGUAGUGGUGGUCGUGGUGGGCAAUCUGGUUGUGAUCGCGGAGGUCGUACUAGUGGCGGUGAUCGUGGUGGAAGAUCUAGUGGAAGCGGUCGGGGUGGACGUGUUCUUCCUCCGUUUCAAAACCUGCUAACUGGUGAAGGGAUGAGUUAUGAAGGAACUCGUUUCCUAAUCGAUCCUCGAGUUAAAAGGGAAGAACAAUAA